UUUUAUAUAAUAAGAUUUUGUUGUUUUUUUAAUGAUUUAUCUUGCUAAAUUCCUAACAAAUAGAUACAUACAUUUUUUAGGGGGGGGGGGUUUAUUUACCUAAAUUAGGAGAAAAAGGAAAACAACAAAAACUAUGUCACGAAGAAAACAACAAAGUAUCCUGACCUUACGUCCCUACAACAAAAAUCAAGAAAAAACAAUACUAAAAAAUACGAUUAUAACAUCUGCUUGAGCGCGAGAGGUUUGAUUCCCGGAGACUCGAGCUCUUAAACCAAUUAUAAAACACGGUCUUCUCCAAGCUCAUCUGAUCGGGAUCGAAAUUGUGUUUUUAAAUCUCGAUCGUGAAGGAAAAUGGAUGAUCGGAGCGACGACCAUGAUAUUGAGGUGGAAGGAGGUAAUUACGCGUACGACAGGAAGAUAUCUGGGAUUCUCGAUGAUGGAUCUGUCGGAUUCCAACAGCCUCUGCUCGCAAGGAAUCGAAAGAACACAACUUCGCAGAUCGCAAUUGUGGGAGCAAAUACUUGUCCCAUCGAAAGCCUUGAUUACGAAUACUUUCAGGCAUUUUUUGCAUUUGCUGGGUGUAACUUGAUUUUGGCUACUGCUGCUGCUUCACUCUGUGCUUUCAUUGCUCCGGCAGCGGCAGGAUCUGGCAUACCUGAGGUUAAAGCAUAUCUCAAUGGUAUAGAUGCUUAUUCAAUUUUAGCUCCGAGCACCCUCUUUGUUAAGAUCUUUGGCUCUAUAUUUGGAGUUGCUGCCGGAUUCGUAGUUGGAAAAGAAGGGCCUAUGGUGCAUACUGGCGCUUGCAUUGCUAAUUUACUUGGACAAGGUGGUUCCAGAAAGUAUCGGUUGACUUGGAAGUGGCUCAGAUUCUUCAAAAACGACAGAGACAGAAGAGACCUGAUCACUUGCGGGGCUGCUGCUGGUGUCGCGGCUGCUUUCCGUGCUCCGGUUGGUGGAGUGCUUUUCGCCCUCGAAGAAGCUGCUUCUUGGUGGAGGAGUGCACUUCUGUGGAGGACCUUCUUCACUACUGCGGUUGUAGCAGUGGUGUUGCGAAGUUUGAUUGAGCUCUGUCGAUCUGGGAAAUGUGGACUGUUUGGCAAAGGAGGUCUCAUCAUGUUCGACGUAAACUCGGGACCAGUUCUUUACAGCACUCCAGAUUUGCUAGCAGUAGUGUUCCUAGGAGUUGUUGGCGGUGUUCUUGGAAGCCUUUACAACUACCUUGUUGACAAAGUCCUCCGGACAUAUGCCUUAAUCAACGAGAGAGGUCCGGGAUUCAAAGUUAUGCUGGUUAUGGCAGUUUCCAUUUUGAGCUCAUGUUGCGCAUUUGGUCUCCCAUGGCUCUCACAUUGUACCCCAUGUCCUAUUGGAACAGAAGGAAAGUGCCCAAGCGUAGGACGAUCCGGCAUCUACAAGAGUUUCCAGUGUCCUCCAAACCAUUACAAUGACCUUUCCUCACUUCUUCUCAACACCAAUGAUGAUGCAAUCCGCAGUCUUUUCACAUCGAGGUCCGAAAACGAAUUCCAAAUCUCCACCUUAGCCAUGUUCUUUGUCUUUGUAUACUUCCUUGGCAUCAUAACAUACGGCAUAGCUAUACCCUCGGGGCUUUUCAUCCCCGUCAUUCUCGCCGGAGCUUCUUAUGGACGGCUAGUUGGUAGACUCCUCGGUCCGGUGUCACAGCUUGAUGUAGGUCUGUUUUCUCUGCUUGGAGCUGCUUCUUUCCUUGGAGGCACAAUGAGAAUGACGGUCUCUCUAUGUGUCAUACUUCUCGAACUUACAAACCAUCUUCUGAUGCUGCCAUUGGUGAUGCUUGUACUCCUAAUCUCGAAAACCGUCGCUGAUUGUUUCAACAAAGGGGUCUAUGACCAGAUUGUGACAAUGAAAGGACUGCCUUACAUGGAAGACCAUGCAGAGCCGUAUAUGCGCAAUUUGGUCGCGAAGGACGUUGUUUCUGGACCUUUGUUAUCCUUUUCAAGAGUUGAAAAGGUUGGGGUGAUAUGGCACGCUUUGAAGAUGACAAGUCAUAAUGGUUUCCCUGUAAUUGAUGAGCCACCUUUCACAGAAGCUUCUGAGCUAUGUGGGAUUGCCUUAAGAUCUCACCUCCUUGUGCUUCUCCAAGGGAAGAAAUUCUCGAAGCAGAGAACAACAUUUGGUUCCGAAAUCCUGAGAAGUUGCAAAGCCCGUGACUUUGCGAAAGCCGGGUUAGGGAAAGGGCUCAAGAUUGAUGAUUUGAUUAUAAGUGAUGAGGAGAUGGAGAUGUAUGUUGAUCUCCAUCCAAUCACUAACACGUCUCCUUAUACUGUUCUUGAGACUUUAUCUCUAGCGAAAGCUGCUAUUCUUUUCCGGCAACUUGGCCUUCGCCACUUGUGUGUCGUGCCCAAAACACCAGGGAGACCGCCUAUUGUUGGGAUACUUACAAGGCAUGACUUCAUGCCGGAACAUGUCCUAGGACUCUACCCUCACAUUGAUCCUCUCAAGUGAAGUGAUAAGUAAUGAAGAAACAAUUCCUUAAGAGUUCCCCAGUCUAUAGAGUCGAUGUAUUGAAUAUCUGCAGAUCAAACCCCAAAAGAGCAAUUUCCGUUUGCUCUCAUGCCCACAUUUAUAUUUAUUUAUUUCGAUUAUUUGUUGCGGGGAAUAUUGGGAAGGAGAUUGUGCAAUGAAGUCACACUUUCGCUAAUAAAAAUGUUUGGUUUGGUUUGGUUUGGUUUGUGGUAUUUUUUAAACGAGUUUUAGUCUGUAAUUUCCUUAAAUCUUAAACUAAAACCGGAAAUAUCCUUUUUAUAAAAUGUUUUUAUUUUCAAUUAUUUUUAAAACUAAAAAUAA